AUGGCUUUAAGAAAAUUUCACCGUUUCUUGUCUCUGCCCUUUGAGAUUCGGCGAGAAAUCUACUGGCUCGCCACCCUGCCACGCAUCGUGAACGUUGAGGAAAAGACGAUGGUCGACUUUGACGAGUUCAAGGAGAUUCUCCGCACAGAUCCGGUCCAGCUUCGGAUCCACCCUGAUAUCAAGUUCUUCAGCAUCAACUGGGCUGCUGAGAUUCAACAGCGUAUAAGAGAUGGACGUAGCCUCCGCCAAACGACCCUAGAGGAGCACGGCUUCACCGGCAGCAAACCGAUCCCACAACCUUGGGCUCCGUCCGCUCGGUGUCCAGAAAUACCCCUCGCAUGGCUAGCCAACGAUGCAAAGGUCGCAUGGGAGAUCAUGAGAGAGGGCUACUUAUACAGCAAGGCCCCGAUACCACCUCUACUGCACACCUGCGCCGAGUCUCGCGGCGUGCUCAUACGGGGCGGCUACCGCUUGGCCCUUGCGACGCGGACAGCCGGACCACGAACGUGGUUCCACUUUGAUAGGGAUACUCUCUUCCUCUCACAGGCCGCCUACGAGGAAGAGGACCGUCCCGAGUUGUUGAGCGGGGGCCCGUGGGACGUGGGCCAGUUCCCAGCGGCGGACCUGCGACAAGUGCGCAGGCUCGCGCUGGAGGGCUCAGCGCUUGUGCUGAACGGCGCGGAUAGGGCGGCGCCAUGGCAGAGCGUGCCGGCGACCGCGUCGGUGGCCGACUCUGUUUUGCUGAGGCUGUUGGGGUCUGUAGAAGAGCUUUGGUUUGUGGAGUGGACGCGGCGUGAUGUGGAGCGUUGGAGCGUGUUUCACCCCUGUUCCCCGUCGCCGCGGUGGCAUUGGGAGGUUCCGCCGGUGGUGGACGGCAGUGCUGUUGAUGUGGCGAGAAGAAGUGGUGAUUUUGUGGCGGUGGAUGUUGAGCUUGUUGAUAUGACUGGGCCGGGUUGCCUGUGCGACGCAGCGCUUGGGGCCGAGUUUCUUCAGUCCGGGUUCGGGGAGUUGCAUUUUGUGAGAUUUAUGGAGGACCGCCGAGAAUCCGGGGCCGGAGCUGGGGCCGAGUCGGACGCGGCAUCUUAUAGUGGGUAUCUGCGACGGCUUCGACAGGUGUUUCUCGAGCAUCAGAUGGCUGGGAUUCUUGCCAAGGAACAGCACCGCGAAGAGGUGCAGAGGACGGACGAUGGCAUUGACCCGGGGUGUUAG